AUGAAAACAUCACAUGCUGGUAUGGAACAUAAGCUUGCAGAGAAUGUCCAGAAAACUGUAUGUGGCAGGCAGACUUUUCAGCCACUCAUGCACCACAUCAUAGACAAAGGGAGACAGAGUGAGAUUGUACUGAACAACAGAUACUGCCCAAAUGUGCCCAGGAAAUUAGCUGGAGCUGGAUAUAAGCCCAGGGGUGAGAAUGUGAGUUCCUGUGAUAGAGCAAAAUUGAUUCAGGGCCAAAAGGCAGUGGCGGAAAAUUUAAAAUAUUUUCCCAUCUCCACAAUGUUCAGUGAGCCAUGUGCAAUGAAAUCACAACCUUGUGACAUCUUGACAACUCAGGAGUUGGGAGUCUCCCAAAUGAUAAAUCUCAAUAUGAGUAAAGAAGAAUUUCCCCUGACCACUGAGUGUCCCUCACCAAAAAUAGUAAGUCUCCCAAAUUCUAAACUAUCAAACCUGCAAAAACAGCUCAUUGAUGAGUUAAAACUUAAAUUGAAGAGCAGGGAGCAAAGCCGCACUCAAGGCUGUCCCACUGACAUGUCCCUUACUUCAGAUAGCUUUCCUUCCCCAGCCUCACCCACUUUGCCCCAGAGCAUCUCCAGUGGGCACAUGGGUGCGUCCAAGGGGCCUCAUGUCCACUUUGAGGUCAGCACAGAGCUCAGGCAGGACUCCUGGGUCCCUAAGAAUGUCUUACAGAAGUGCCAAGAUAUCAAUUUACCACCAGUGACUAAGAAAGUGAAAACUUUGGAUUCCAAAGCAGAAGAACGGAGAAGUGAGGAUUCAAGUGCAUGGACAUCUAAAGCUAAAAAGAAGAGCCACCCUGUUAAAGACAGAGAAUUAGAGGGCACUUUCCAAAAUGAACAGCUUCCUCCUGAUAGUUACUUCAAAAAAAAGAGGAGGGAAUUUACUCAGUGGGUCAAUUGCAAAAGAAAAAGUAAAGAGCCGGAAACUCGCCAGCAAAAAACCAACGUCAUGCCAACCUUUACACAGGAACAUGACUUAGCUGAAAGCUCAACUAUCUUUUUGGAUUGUGGGUUUCCUGAAGCUCAUGAGCUCGUGACAACCAUUGGAAAAAUCCUAGAGGAAAAAGUGGCAAAUAAUCCUGAAUUUCAGGCUUUCCAUUUAAGUCAACAGAAGUAG